CGGACAGAACAGAGCAGCGGCUCCACGCCUGCCGCCAAAAUUCAAGUUAGAGACGAGAAGGGGCUUCUUCUUGCCACUGGGCUUGGACCUGGUGCGUUAUCCUUUCAUUUACUGAUUUACCUUUGAAGGACCGCAUAUCGUAACUCCGUGGUGAACGGAGACAGAACCGCUCAAAGAUGCACAUCAAGUCUAUUAUCAUCGAGGGGUUCAAGUCCUACGCGCAGAGGACGGAGAUUAACGGCUUCGACCCGCUGUUCAACGCCAUCACCGGAUUAAACGGCAGCGGGAAGUCCAACAUCCUGGACUCCAUAUGUUUUCUUCUGGGCAUUUCAAACCUCACCCACGUACGAGCCUCCAACCUCCAGGACCUGGUUUAUAAAAACGGGCAGGGUGGCAUCACCAAGGCCACGGUCUCCAUCACCUUUGACAACCUAAACAAGAGCCAGAGUCCUCUGGGCUUCGAAACCCACGACGAGAUCACAGUCACCAGACAGGUCGUCAUUGGUGGCAGGAACAAGUAUCUUAUCAAUGGAGUCAAUGCCAACAACACCAGGGUGCAGGACCUUUUCUGCUCUGUUGGCCUCAAUGUCAACAACCCACAUUUUCUCAUCAUGCAGGGGAGGAUCACUAAAGUUCUGAAUAUGAAGCCACCUGAGAUUCUUGCUAUGAUAGAAGAAGCAGCAGGCACCAGGAUGUAUGAAUGUAAAAAGAUUAGUGCUCAGAAGACCAUUGAAAAGAAGGAGGCCAAGCUAAAGGAGAUUCAGACUAUUCUAGAUGAGGAAAUUACUCCAACCAUGCAAAAGCUGCAAGAGGAACGGUCAUCCUACCUGGAGUACCAGAAGUUGAUGCGUGAGAUCCAGCACCUGUCGCGCCUCUAUGUGGCUUGGUUGUUUGUGUGUGCAGAGGAGACUAAGUUAAAGUCAGCGGAAAAUCUCAAGGGGAUGCAAGACAACAUUGCCAAGAUGCAAGCCAGCAUGGAGGAGAAUGAGAGCAAGGUCCAGGAGCUCUCAAACCAGAUUCAGGAGCUGCAGAAGAAAAAAGAUCAGGAGGUGAAUGGAGUCUUAAAGUCUUUGGAGGAAUCUCUGGCUGAGGUGCAGCGUGUUGAUGCAAAAGCUCAAAGUGCACUUGACCUCAAAAAACAGAAUCUAAAAGAUGAAAACAAGAAGAGGAAGGAGCUUGUAAAAAGCAUGGAGGAGGACAAAAAAAUGCUUGUGGUAAAGGAGAAGGAGGUGUCUAAGUUGAUGGAGCAGCUUAAGGUUCUAGAGGAGGAGGGACAGAAGGAGAGUGGGGCGCUUGAGGCGGCUGAACAGCAUUUCAAGGCCGUGUCUGCUGGUCUGUCCACCAACGAGGAUGGAGAGGAGGCCACACUGGCAGGGCAGAUGAUGACCUGCAAGAAUGACAUGAGCAAGGCAGACACCGAGGCCAAGCAGGCCCAGAUGACCCUGAAACAUGCUCAGGCUGAACUGAAAACCAAACAGACAGAAGUCAAAAAGAUGGACAGUGGAUACAAGAAGGACCAGGAUAAUCUGCAGGCUGUCAGAAGCAGCAGGGAGAAACUUGACGUUGAGUUGGCUAAACUCAACUAUGAAGAUGGCAAGGAAGAAAGUCUGCUAGACAAACGUCGGCAGCUGUCCAGAGAGGUCUCUAAACUCAGAGAGACCUAUGAGAGGCUUGUGUCCCGUUUCCCCAACCUGCGCUUUGACUACAAGGACCCAGAGCGAGGAUGGGACCGAAGCAAGGUGAAGGGACUUCUAGCAAACCUAAUCACAGUGCAUGACGUAUCCUAUGCAACAGCACUAGAGGUGGUGGCAGGAGGACGACUCUAUAACAUUGUUGUUGACACUGAGGUGACUGGUAAAAAGCUCCUGGAGAAGGGAGAGCUGCAGAGGAGGUACACCAUCAUUCCUCUGAACAAGAUCUCGGCUAAGACGCUUAAUGACAGAGUGGUCAACACUGCCAAGGGUUUGGUUGGAGCAGACAACGCCCACACAGCUCUGUCCUUGGUGGGUUAUGAGUCUGAUCUGCGUAAGGCUAUGGAAUACGUCUUUGGCUCCACGCUGGUGUGCGACACCCUGGACAAUGCCAAAAGAGUGGCUUUUGACAAGCAAGUGAUGACCAAGACCGUCACUCUUGGGGGUGACAUCUUUGACCCUCAGGGAACUCUGAGUGGAGGUGCUCGUUCCCAGUCAGCAUCAGUUCUGUCCAGUCUGCAGGAGCUGAAAGAUGUUCGGGACAGCUUAAAUGAAAAGGAGGCUCUUCUUCAGGAUACUGAGCGCCAGCUGUCCAGCCUAAAGGGCAUUGCAGAAAAAUAUCGACAGCUUAAGCAGCAGCAUGAACUGAAGGUGGAGGAGGAACAGAUUCUGCAGGCCAAGCUACAGCAGAGCUCCUUCCACCAGCAGCAAGAGGAGCUGGAGAAGCUGCGGAAGGCUAUUGAGGAGAGUGAGGAGACACUGCGUGUUUCCAAGGAGGUGCAGAAGCGGGCUGAGGAAAAGUACAAGGUCCUGGAGAACAAAAUGAAAAAUGCAGAGGCAGAGAGGGAAAAGGAGCUGAAAGCUGCUCAGCAGAAACUCAAUGCAGCCAAGGGCAAAGCUGACGCCUUCAAUAAGAAGCUGAAGCAGAAGCAGCAGGAGUCUGACGCUGUGGCCCUGGAGCUGGAGGAACUGCAGAAAGAGCAGGCCGGUUACGAGCAGCAGAUCCAGGCUGUAGAUGAAGCCAUGAAGGCCAUCCAGGAGCAGGUCGACAGCAUGGCUUGCACUGUAUCCCAGAACAAGGAAGCGGUGCGUAAAGCCCAGGAGGAGCUGGCCAAGCAGAAAGAAGUGAUAAUGACUCAGGACAAAGAACUCAAGGCAAAGAGCACAGAAGCUAAUAAGAUAAGAGAGCAAAUCAAUGAAGCCCAGCUGAAGAUCAAGGAGCUGGAGCACAACAUUAGUAAGCACCGCAAAGAGAGCCAGGACGCAGCUGACAAGGUCUCCCGAAUGCUGGAGGAGCACGAUUGGAUUCAGUCGGAGCGCCAGUUCUUCGGUCAGCCGAACACCUCUUACGACUUCAAGACCAACAACCCCCGUGAAGCGGGGCAGCGGCUGAAGAAGCUGGAGGAGACGACCGCCAAACUGGAGCGAAACGUGAACAAGAGGGCCAUGAACAUGCUGAACGAGGCUGAGGAGCGGUACAAUGACCUGAUGAAGAAGAAGAGGAUUGUGGAGAAUGACAAAGCGAAGAUCUUGCAGACAAUUGAGGAGCUGGACCAGAAGAAAAACGAGGCUCUUAAUUUGGCCUGGCAGAAGGUAAACAAAGACUUUGGCUCAAUUUUCUCCACUCUCCUGCCUGGAGCCACUGCGAAGCUGGCUCCUCCCCAGGGCUGCGGCGUCCUGGACGGUCUUGAGUUCAAGGUGGCCUUGGGCAACACAUGGAAGGAGAACCUGACUGAGCUUAGUGGUGGGCAAAGAUCACUGGUGGCCCUGUCUCUUAUCCUGGCCAUGCUGCUGUUCAAACCGGCUCCUAUCUACAUCUUGGACGAGGUGGAUGCUGCCCUGGAUCUCUCACACACACAGAACAUUGGGCAGAUGCUGCGCACACAUUUCAGACACUCCCAGUUUGUGGUGGUCUCCCUGAAGGACGGCAUGUUUACCAACGCCAAUGUCCUGUUUAAAACAAAGUUCGUCGAUGGGAUGUCCACAGUAACGCGCACUGCGCUCAGCCAGAGUGACGCCAACGUUCCUCAGAAAGGUCAAGACAAGACUCGACCGAAAGACAAGAAGAACAAACCACUCAUCAGCUAAAACCUGUACAAGACUUGCUGUUGCUGAAGGCGACAGUUGCAUUUUAGAUUCACCUUUUCCUAGAAACCAUGUCGCAUCACAGGAAAUAUGGCAUCUGGUAAUAGAACUGUGUAUAUUUCUGUUUCAUAUGAGGGUAACAACCCUCAGGCUUCAUCCUAUCCUGUCAGUAUAGAGAUUCUGUCUUUACUGUGUCUUUUAUCUGAUCACUGUUGUCAUGCUACAAAUUGUUUUCUAUCCAGGCAUAUAUAGCUGGAUAUGUGCAUAUAUAUUUUAGUAAUUAAAGUAGUUCAUAUUUCUUAA